GACAGAGCGGCGCGCGCUCACCGAAGUUAACGCCGUAGGGAGGAAAAAAAAACAAAAAAAAACUCGUAUUUAAACGCGUCGUAUUUACGGAGUGUUUAAUGGAGAUCCACAGGUGACACGCGCUCCGUUACGAGCCGGUAAAGAUGGCACGCGCAUAGUGACAGUGUGCAGCACAUCGGCAGAGUAAUUGGGGUGCUGUAGUUUGACUUGAGCCGAGUCCAGAGGGAAGGCCUUGUGUAAUUUUUUGGAGAGUCACAGCUGGAUACAAAAGGGAUGAGAAACACUGGAAUAAGGAACUGAUCAGGUUCAUCGAGUGUUUUUAAAGACACUGUUUUUUCUGAAAACUGGAGCCCUUUAACUGGAGACUUUUACCAGGCACAAGAACAAGAACCAGAAAGUGUUUGAUGAUGAGGAGGAGAACAUUCUGAGAACAGAAAUCAUCUUUGUGUUUUUUAAAGUGUGGUGAACAUUGAGUUAAAAGCAUGGCUAAAACCUUCUACAGACUGCAGCGCUUUUUAAGACAGGCCCAAUUGCUGUUUCUUUUUCUGGGUGUGGCUUACAUCAUGGCAGGAAGUGUGCUGCUGCUCCAGCGUUCCAAUGUGGCCUUGUUUCAAAAAGGAACCUAUCUGCCCUCGUCAUUACUCUCCGUACCAUUGCCCCCUAGAUCCCUGGAGGCACCUAGUGUUAGCUGGCACCACAGGAGACCUGGAUCCACAAUAAUUCAGGAUGUGGAGAAUAAUCCGGAUCUGUCAGGAAGUAGAGCGGAUCGAGAACGGUUCGUGUCUCGGAACCUGAAGAUUAGGCACCUGAGACGACACUGGAUUCAGGGCCGGAGAACAGAAGAGAACUCAGCAGAACAUAAUCCAUCAAAUUCAUCAUGGAGCAGGGACAGCAGACAUAAAGGCACCUACAUCGGGUGCUUCCUAAAUGACGACAAACAACAUGCUCUUGGAGGAACCGUGCUUUACGACUUCCGAAAAAUGACCAGCUCCUUGUGCCAAGACACCUGCUCUGAGAGUGGCUACCGGUUUGCUGGGCUGGAAUAUGGCACAGAGUGUCACUGUGGGAACCGGAUCAGCGCCCCUCGGGCCCGGAGCGAGGACUGCAACCUGAACUGCAGGGGUGAAAGGGACUCGCUGUGUGGAGGCGUGGCCAGACUGUCAAUCUACAAAGUGGAGGAGGGGCGUCCUGGCCACAGGAGAUACAGAAAUGUCCACUAUCAUGGCUGCUUUCAUACGCCAAAGAACAUCAGUGCUGGUUUCCUGCUCCAUGCCAGCCAGCAGAACAUAACUUCACAGCUGUGUGUGGAGAUGUGCACUGAUCAGGAGCUGCCUCUGGCUGUACUGAGGGGGCAGGACUGUCUCUGUGGCCACACCUCCACUUUUCUCCUAAUGCAGAAGAAUGUAGACAGGCAGCUGUGUGGGCAGAGCAAAGCUACAAACCACACCUCCAGUGCAGACUACUCACAGGUGUACAGCACACCUGUGCUAGAGUCUCAGUGUAGGGAGAGGAUGUUUCUGCCUGAGAGCUCGUCUUCCCUCACAGCGCUAUCCAGUUUUCCUGGAGCGGGUAACACUUGGCUGCGGCACCUCAUCGAGCUUGCUACAGGUUACUACACGGGCAGCUACUAUUUUGAUGGCUCUUUGUACAACAAAGGCUUUAAGGGAGAGAAAGAUUACUGGAGAAGUGGGAGAACCAUCUGUGUAAAGACGCAUGAGAGCGGGCAGAGGGAGAUCAAGAAAUUCGAAUCAGCCAUCCUGUUAAUUCGGAACCCGUACCACUGCCUCGUGGCAGAGUUUAAUCGCAAAAAUGCUGGGCAUCUGGGCUACGCAACAGACACACUCUGGAAGAGUAAAGAGUGGCCAGAGUUUGUGGAGACGUACUCCUCAUGGUGGGCGUCUCACGCUCUGGCCUGGCUACAGUUCUGCAGACGUUUGCUGGUGGUGCACUACGAACAGCUCCUCACGGACCUCGUAAACCAGCUCCGGCUCAUGACAGCCUUCCUGAAUGUCACCGUUCCUGAAGAACGGCUCCUGUGUGCCGAGAGAAACCGAGACGGCCACUUCAAACGCACAGGGUCUCGACGUCUCACCUUCGACCCCUUCACAGAGGGCAUGAGAACUCGUAUAGAUGGCUACAUGCAGGAGGUUGACCAUGCUCUUAGGGACAGAAAUCUGAGCGGCCUGAGACAGGAAUACAUGCCCAGAUGAUGACCGCUAAUAAGCUGGUGCAAGAGGAUGUUGAAUUUCUCUCUGCAGGUCGGAACGAGGGGAUAAAAAGUGCCUGGGAACUCACAGUUAAUUAACACAUCUUGUGGCCUUCUAGUGGUUUAUGCUCUUUUUCUUUAUGGUCAUGUUACCUGAAUAAACAGCAACUCAGUUUGUGGUUUGUACACAUUAAAACCCACAAUUGAACUUCUAACUACGAUAUCUUCAAUUCAGUUCAAAUAAAUUUUAUUUUUAUAGUCCUUUUAGCAAGAGACAUUGUCACAAAGCAGCUUUUCAGAAAUUCAGAUGUAGAUUUAGGUCCCUAAUGAAGAAGCCAGAAGUGACAGUGGUGUGAGGCAAAACCUUCUCAGGAGACAUGAGGAAGAAAGCUUGAGAGGAACCAGAUUCAAAAGAAACCUGUCCUCUUCUGGGUGACGACGGAUACAGAGAUUAUAAAAUCAAUCAUUAAAGGAUGUUCAGUAUGAGCACAAGAUAGUUCUUACAAUUGCAGCAGCAGUUCUUAGAUACAAAUCUACAGUAUCCUGAAAUUUAGUAGACAUAAUUUUAACUUAAAAGCAGUAGUUUGGGCAGAAAUUUAAUUUAGACAGUUUCCCUCUCAUCCCAAACAUAUGCUACUGUCCUAUAAAUGCAUUAAAUACAGCUUAUCAGAGGAUACCAAAGGUAUACUACUUUAUAUACUUUCUAUGCAAUAGUUUUAUUGCUCGCUUCAGGCUAAACUAGAUUUUAUAUUAUAUAUUUGAUGGAUAGAUAGAUAGAUAGAUAGAUAGAUAGAUAAAAGAUAUAUAUUUGCAUGUUCCAAGUUUAUUCUAAACAAUACUUUAAUAAUUAAUCAAUUAAACAAACUACUCACUGACUACGAAGUACAACUUAAGCUCACUUUAAUAUUUAAUAAUUUAAAAUAAAUUACGUAGAAAUUGAUUAUUUAACACUGAAAAGGAUCAUUAAAUUAUAACUUUUUAUAGUAAACAGUAAUUUUUAUUUUAUUUUUACUAUGUUCACUCAAUGAUAACCUUAUAGCUAGGUAUAAUAAGGUAUAAUCUGUAUAAUCUAUAAUCUAUUCGCAGUUUGAGUGGCAGACACCAUGUCUUGGUGGAACGACACCAUUUGGGGUAAGGAGUACAUUUUGUGGAUCUUUUUCUCCAAAAUGCCACUUUAUACUGAAAAAGGGUGACUGAUGCAGCCGGUUUCCUCUCGCAUCACUGUCAAUGUGCUCAUACAUAUUCUACUUCCACUUCAAGUCUCAGGUGUCCUGGAGAUGCGAGUAAGUAGAACAAGUAAACAUUCACUUACGCUGGAUUACACCACUUCAAGAUAUGCUCGUCAUCUCUAGUGCAACGGGCAGCAGCAUGAACAACGUAGUCAAAGUCAUUGCCUUUGAACUAUCCAGGGGAAAAAGUUUUAAAUAAACAAAAUCGAUUGAAAAUGUUUAUAUGAACACUCCCACAGAGCAUCUAACAUGCACCUAGCUAAAUACCACAUCAACAAACUUCAAUGUGUGACAAAAGUUCAAUCUGUAUGUCUACAGGGUCACUACUCAUCUCUCACUUUACAUUUCUAGAAUUUUUCGUCCCAUUAAAUUGUUUCUCCCCCUUUGUAUUUUUUCCUUCUUUAUAAUUUUUUUACUCCCAGGAUUCAUUCCUGUUUUACUGUCAAAUCAUGUUGUGAACAUCACAUGCGUAUUUUUUUUUUUUGUCUCUCCAUGUGUCUGUUAAAAUUUAGUUUUUAAUUUUUAUUUUUCUCUCAUUUUUUCCUUUCCUUCUAUUUUUUCACUCUACAUUUUCUAGGAGCAGCUUUAA